AUCUAGCUGUGACACCACAGGAUGCCAAUCAGACUCACGAGAACUCUUUGACUCAGAUGCCAACUGGACUUAAAUCAUCUCCUGAGCCCAUGACAACUACACAAACUGUGAACCGGCAAACGCGGGGAGGCAGCAUUACAGAUCACUUGACAGUUGGACCUGAUGCAUCUACACUUGGUCUGGAUCUUACCACGCAGGAGUUCAAGCAGGACACCAAGUCGAACAUAUCUCAUGGCUCUUAUGAGAAGCAUGAAGUAGUCCUUCCUGCCACUGUGACUAACCUGACUGUAAAACUUUACUACUGUGAAACUAAUUCUGUUUGCAAAAUUACUUUGAUCAUAAACAGCCGAGAUGAUUCUGGUCCUGCUGUGGUAAAAAAUAUCACUUUGGACCGUGCAGUGAGAAUUGAGCUCAUAUGCAAACUGCAUGAUAAAUAUUCCUCUCUGAAAGUGAUUCAAGUGACGUGGAAGAAGGGAAAUGAAACAAUUGGACACAUCAAUAAAACGGAAAAUAGCUGGAGCAUCCAAUUGACAAUCUCGGAUAACAGUAAGCUGGGAAGUUACAAUUGUACCGUGAAAGGUGAAAAAGAAUUCAGCGUGGUAUUUCAUUUACAAGUACCGAAAAUUGAUGUAAAAGACAAACCUGUAAUCACUUACGAAGGAGAUAUAGCUGUGCUGGUUUGUAAAAGUCUCAAUUCUACUCCCAUUUCUUGGACCUGGUAUAUGACCAAUGGAAGCGAACAGAUUGCCAUUAAUGACUCUUUGGUGUUGGACAAGUAUGUAAUAGAUAAAGCAUUUCCCAAUGUAACCCAACUGAAGAUACUGAAGCUCACCAGUAAAGAUGAUGGUGUAUACUGGUGCGAAGCUGCUUUUGAACUAGGAAAAAGCAAAGGAAAAAUGAAGCUUAAAGUUCUGUCACUCAUGGUGCCACUCAAGCCCUUUCUAGCAAUAGUGGCUGAAGUUGUUGUAUUAGUAGCUGUUAUUUUCCUUUUUGAGAUAUAUUCGAAAAGGAGAGAGAAAUGUGCAGAAAUUGAAAAAGAAUUUGACCAAACUGAGCAACUUAAAUCAGAAGAAAGCAACGGUGUGGAAAACAGUAGCACUAGACACAGAAAAGUUUAAUCCGGUUCCUAGAAAUGAGAUUAAGCCUACAGAAGCGGAAAUCAUCACAAAGCUACAGAAGAUAUAUGCAGCUAUGCAUUUUAAACAUCAACCGUGCUUCUACAUAGACUCUUCUACACUUGUGAGAAAUAUGAUGCUUUUAAAAUAGCUGUGAAAUAGCUCAUUUUAUACAGAUAAUGAGUUCUAAUAUACUGUGUAUAGACUUUUGGUGUCUGUAACAUUGAUAUUUGUCAUUUACUAAAAGGCAGUUUGUAUGUGGUCAGAUUUCUUAUUGUUUUGUGACUGAUCUGUUUAAUUUUGUCAUAAAUUAGAACUAUGCUUGCUUUUACUGAAUGAACAGGUAAUAUUAUCAAAAAGUGGAUAUUGAAGGCUUGUUAGAAAGCUGGACUUGCAAGAUCAAAAAUGUAUUUCCACCAAAGAAAAUGCCUUUUACUAGCAUAUAAAGCAAAUGUGACACACAGCCACUUUUACCAAAGAAAUGGUCAAAGGGAAAUCUUUAUCAUGACUUUAAAUGAAACAUCAGCAGUUCUGCAACAUGCAGUGAACAGGAAAAUGUCUUCAUUAUACCUUUUGCUUAGCUUUAUUUAAAUCAGAAGGAAAUAUUUGAGGAAAUGUUUUGAGUACUUAAGAAUUUCUUUUAAGAUGUCCUGCCGUAUGGCUGUGGUGCCAGACUAUUUCCAUAUAGGCUAGGCACUUGAAUACUGUGCAGAUUAGGUGUUUUGGUACUAUUUCAGAAUAGAUGGAAGAAGCGAAGCAAUGGGGUAUCAUAUCAAAAUAUAAUUGAAAUAAUUCCUUUCUACACUUCUACAAAUGUAGACCACAGGAUGUAUGAGAUAUGCAGAACCAGUUCUGACUAUACUUUAUACAGAACACAGAAAUUUUAAGAAUUUCACCUAUGCAGUUCUUAACAUAUACUGUGCAAUUCGUAUUUCUACUUGCUUCUGCUUAUGGUGUUGCUUGACAAACUCUUUAUCAGAGAACAGGUGAUGAACAGGUGUUGAACAACGAAAAAUUCUAGGGUAAUACAAUAAAGCAGCAUGAGUACCGCUAGUUCUGUUUACACACAGAAUUGUGGCACUGCUUAAAUUAUGCUAUUGUUGUAGAAGGGUUAGCUGCCAUAAUAAAUACACUAAUUAAUUGCAUUAUAUAUUUGGCAAUUGAAAAUGUGCAACUAAUGGAAGAACAGGCAACUAAUAGAAAAACAGUUGAUUGCAUUACUAGCCUUUUUUUGCUAAUCCAAAAGAAAAAAUAGAAAAUAUUUUCUGUUGUGGACAGGAGAAAGUGGGCUCUCCAAAAGCAUUUCUUCUCCCACCAAAAGCAUUUCUUCUCCCAACAAAAAUAUAAGGAAAAAAACAGGCAGCAUUUGCAAACUCCCUAGUCAAGUGAAAAGAAAAUACAUAAAUUGCAUUGCCUCAAGUGGCCAUUUCUUUUUGAAGACAGAAAAAGGUAAAGGCUAGCAUUGGCUGUUUUAUUAGAAAUGAGCAGAAUCUAGUCUGAUCUGUACUUAAAGCUGCUACAUAAAUGUGAAAAAGUAGCAAUAAACAAUUAAAGGUUAGAGCUUGAAUAAAAAACAAUGGAAGUAUAUAAAUAUGAAAUGAAUGACUGUAAGGGCUGAAUACUGAUAAAGAUUUCCCUUGAUAAGAUACAAUGUUUAUUAUAUUUUGCCUUGGAGUUUCUAUGCACUAUAAAAGACAAUGCAUUUACAGGUUUUUAUAUGAAUUUCUUAUUGAUAUAACAGGCUUUUUUGCUGUAGCAAGUAGAUGUUUUCAGGUUAAAAAUAACUACUUCUGUAUAUUGAUAGUUUGAAACAUAAUUUUAAGUUUGUCAUUUGUUACAGAAUAUGGAUUUUUGUAGGAUAUGUGGUAGGAAAAAAAAAAGUGGGGGGGAAGCUUACUUACAGGUCUAUGAAUUGGAUUCUGAAUAAAGCAGAAUUCUUUGUAACUAAAAUGAGGCUAGGUACAGUCCAAAAAAGCAUACUAUAAGGUGAGGAGGGGACAGGGGACUACUCAUCAGAAACUGGAACAACUUUUUUCUGCCUUCAGUUAGCAUUUCUACAUGAUCUUAUAAUUGUGGUAUGAGGUCUUGGCCACCCAUAGGCAUGUUACAUGAAUAGUGUUUUGUCUUAGUGAACAAGGGCUGCAGUGACAGAAGGCAAGAACCAGAGAACCUAAACUGUACCUUAGAUCUAUGAUGUGUUCAUCCUAUCAGCGCUGUAUUAGAAUCAAACUGGCUGCUGAAAUCGUAGCUUGAUCUUUACCUGCCACCAGCAUGUUCUGCUUGCUCUGUCUCCAAGGGACUUGAUAUUUUUUGGGUUGGCAAGUAGGCUUAUUCUUCAUGUCUGCCUUGGUUCAGACCUUCUAGGUCCUUUUUUUAUCAUUUCCCAUACUGAGGGAAAUGAUAAAAAAAAAAAAAAAGUAUUAAAUAAUUGGUGUAAGUAACUGGUGUAACUCUAAAGGCAAAACCAACUUUUUUAGUUUAGAUACCAUGAAAGAAUCUCUAAGGAUCUAUAAAUACAUAUCUCAUGAGAAAUAGUUAACACAUGUUGUAUAUAUUCAAAAUGUUCCUACUGCAGUUGUUGUUUGUAUCUGUUUUAUUAUGCAAACAUAGCAUUUAACAAAACAAAAAAGGCCAUUAAUAAAAAAUAGGUAAUUCUAGGCAAAGACUCUCUUCAUCUUGUUCAAGCCAAAAGAUACCGAAUCAGAGCCAAAAACAAUUCUUAGGUUAUUUCCUUCAAACACAGCAGUUAAAUCCAACUGUAAGGAUCCACAGUAUUAAUUCUAGUAAGCAGUCAUCUCUAACAACUAAGUUAAACUGGUAGGCUGAUUCAAACCAUUGUAUUUGUCUGGUAAACCUUGUCUGCCUGGAUCAAAUCCUUGUUUAUUUGGCAAGAAGUGAUAUCUUACUGUUCUCCGUACCAACAAAAAAAAUUAAGCAUUUUGUGGAGGAAAAUAAUUGCACUAAAGUCUUCAAAAGAAUGCUAAAGGGCCAUGUUUCCUAAUGCUUUGAGCUAUUCACUGAAAAUCCCUCCACUUCCUGUACAUGCAGAGCAGCUGCAAGACCAGAUUCCUAGUUAAGUUCUACAAAUAUUGGACAAAUUUACCAGAUUGUGAACAUGCAUAAAACCAUAUGAAUACUUCCCAAGGACCGAAACCUAGGAAUUACUUAAUAGUGGGCCAGGAUAAUUAGCUGUAGGUCUGUUGAUGUACAAUCCUGAGAAAGAGAGGAAAAAAGCCAUUAUUACUAAUGUUGAUACCAAAAUCUGCAUGUGUGCACCUGUAAUUGUUUUUUUUUUUAGCCAAAGAAAACAAGGUUUAUAUUCUGCCUUAUGUAUUUAAAACUUUCAACACCGUUGACUGAGCAACUAAAAUUUUAACUAAAAAUAAACUUUCUAAUUCUAAACAAAAGUUGAUUCUUGAAAACUUCACGUUUCGAGUAGUUUUGCAGUCCUGUUUUCUCUUCGAGGACAUGCACGCAUAAAAUGCAUUGAACUACAUAUAAAAUAAGAUAAUCAAAGUUCCAAGGCUUACAGCUUUAUACCAAAGUGGUCUUUGAUUUGUCUAAAUUUAUUGACAACUGACUGGGCUUGUUUUUGUUGUUGAAUUUUAUAAGACUUCAAACUUCUAAUGUUUGUUCCAUCUUAGCCAAAAUGACUUUUUUUUUUCUUAAAGAUAUUGUCUGGUUUGUUCUUGAAUCAACCUUCCAUUUAAGAACAUAAUGAUUGUAUUAUUUUUCAUUAGUAGGGUAGUAUUUCCAUCAGCUGACUUGCUGAAUUAUUUUCAAGUUGACAUUAUGAGUUCUUCAACAGUGCCUUGAAGGAAAUAAUGUGUUUACCAUAGUUAAGUUCAUUUUUUUCUCUUUUGAAAUGUUUGUCAAGAGCUUGAGAGGAAAUCUGACAGCAAAACCUAUUUUUCUAUUAAAAGACUACUGAGCCUACUGCUUUUAUGAUGCUUGCCAUAUUUUACUCUCUGAUUUUAUACUCUGUGCUCACUUGACUGUUUUGUUUUGCUUGAGCAGUAAGAUGUAUACAGAAAAUGAAAUACCUUCUCCUAUAUGUUUAAUAUAUAUGCAAUAAGGAGAAUAGUUAUAAGUAGUAUGAAACAGCAAUAUUGUACUUUUAGAAAUAAUUACAAUAAACUUAACAAAGAAUCUAUAAA